AUGCAAGCAAACGAAGAAACAGAAGAUCAGAAACUGUUACGACUGGCUUCCAGCUGGGACGGUUUUGUUGGAAGACAUCGUGAAAGCGAUGGGACACUUCCUGGUUGGAAAGAAUGGUCGAGUAGGCACAAACAGAGAGUCGAAAUGGUGCAAGUAUGUCGGGGUCGGAAACAGUGGAGGAAGCAAAUGCGGAGGCGUCAACGAAGUGAUUUGACGCUAUCCAUAGUGUCUUGGAAUGUUCUGUCCGAUACAUGGCUUAACUUUGGGCGAGUAGGAUAUGAACAUACUCCUGUUGAGCUCAAAUCAGAUUGGUCCAAACGGAUUGCCCUCUUGAUGCAAUGGGUCGAGGACCUCCAGCCGGAUGUCCUCUGCUUUCAAGAAGUGGAUUAUGAAAAAUUUGUUGAAAAUAGGGAUACCACUUUGAAAGGACCUUUUCUGUUGACGGAAUUGUCCAAGAAGUUUGGCUACCAAGGAGUGAUUCAAAAACCGAAACGAGGCAAGAAAGAUGAUCAGCCUUGUGGGGUUGCCACUUUAUGGAAAGACGAUCAGUUUGAAUUGAUCAAGGAGAAAUCUUUUUCACGGACGCACGCUGCGGGGAGUGACAAACGGGCGCGGCAGCUGAAUUCAGUCUUGUCGCAUGUCGCGAGAGAAGCACCAGGGAUAUCCUUUGUCCUCGCUGGAGACUUUAAUACUGGAUCCGACAAUGCCAUCUUCAAGGUUCUUCGGGAUCACGAGUGGCACGGCCAUGCCAUGAGUUCUGUCUACGAACAUCCCAGGACCAGAAAGACUCUGCCAGCGUGUCACGCUACAUAUAUGCAACCUGGAUCCCAUUAUUCGAUUGACCACAUUCUUUACACUCAUUCGUCUCUACGAAUGAAAUGUGUCCUGGACGCUUUGGAUCCACAAGAGAAACAAGAACAUGUGCUCGAAAAUGGCAUGGCAAGCGGGUUUCCAACGAUGUUUUGUCCGUCGGAUCACAUUCCAAUUGGAGUCAUAUUCGAGUUUACACCGCCCAAUCUAGACAGUGAUGGUGCUGCAAGGAUACCGCUGAAAGAACUGAUGGAAGGUCGGAAAGAAGAGCUGCGAGCCCAAUGGAAGGCAUUACAGGCCCAAAAACCGACUUUUACAAAGGGCAAACCCCCUCCAGAAGAGAUUGAAAAACGGAGAAGAUACGCAAGCGCUGUGAAAGCGUGGAAAGCUAGUGUUCCGAAGGAAAACACACAGGAGAUAGACUUCAUAGCUCAAUUAACAGUCAUGUCAACUACUCCCAAAGAAUGGACCAUUGUCUACCAUGGUGCUGCCAAGACCUUCAAGGGCAGAGCCGAGUUUUUGCGGUUGCUCUUGGAAGAUGCUGGCGUGGACUACGCGAUUACUGGCGACAACAUGUAUGGACCUACCGGCAUUAUGGAUUGCUUUCGAGGAUCCGCACAAGCCGUAGCGGCUGGUGAUGGAUCCACUCCUAUUCCCAACCCAGUCUUUUUUCCUCCGGCGAUUUGGCAUCGACCCAAAAAGGAUGGAGAAGAAGAAGAAGAAGUCAUUAUCAAUCAAGUGGGUGCCUGCGUCAUGUACAUUGGUGAACAGUUGGGAUAUGCCCCGCAGUCUGCCAAAGAGAAAGCCUUGGCGAAUAUGAUUACUCUGAAUGCUCUUGAUUACAUUGCCGAAGGAAGAUCCAGUUUUCAUCCUGUCAAGAAUAGCAUGAGCUACAGCGAUCAAAAAGAAGAAGGAGACAAAGCCUCGAAGGAGUUCACCAAGACUCGCAUGCCCAUUUGGUUGGCUCAUUUUGAAAAGAUGGUACGCAAACAUGGCGCCAAGUCCCCUGUUGCCGGAGGUUCCAAGGUGACCUGCGCCGACUUUUGCUUGUUUCACGUGUUAGAUGCCACCAUUUCGCAAUUCAACAAUGACAAAUACGACCAUGCAUGGGACAACCAAGACCCAAAGAUUGAUUUGCUCAAGGAGUACCAUGCUUGGAUGAAAUCUCGUCCCAACUUGGUUGCAUUUUUUGCAUCCGAUCGAGUGGCACCCUACGCUGGGGACAGUAUGAUGUAA